CUGUUUCUAGUACAGAAUUUCAUUAAGAUAAAGACUUUUUAGAGUCAAGAUUGGCAGGAGAGUGAGCCCACCAUACAUAUCAUCUCCGUUCACAAUACAUUAUAUAAAGGACAAGCUCAAACACAAAAAGUCCCAUAGUUUUUCAAAGAUAACCAUUUAAUUUCUCCCCUUAAUUAGCUUCAAACUCAAAUAAAAAUGGUGGAGAGAGAGCAAGUCAGACCAUUAGCUCCAGCAUCAGAGCGGCCGAGUAGCUACGACGAUGAAACAACGUUAAACAAGAGAAGAUUUCAUAAAAGAAGAUGCAUCAAAGGUUGUAUUUUUGUAUCUAUCCUUCUUCUCAUUCUAGCCAUAAUAAUCAUUAUUUUGAUCUUCACAGUGUUCAAAAUAAAAGACCCUAUUAUUAGAAUGAAUGGUGUGACAGUGGAUAAACUAGACCUUGUUAACACUGGCACCAUUCCCAUGCCCAAACCAGGUUCCAACAUGACCAUAAAAGCUGAUGUAUCAGUAAAGAAUCCUAAUUAUGCAUCAUUUAGGUAUAGUAACACAACCACCACAAUUUCCUACCGUGACACGGUGGUCGGGGAGGCGCGGGGCCCACCGGGGAAGUCGAAGGCACGUCGGACAAUGAGGAUGAAUAUAACGAUUGAUAUUGUUACGGACAAGAUUGUGUCGCACCCUAGCUUACUAGCUGAUAUAAGCACUGGUUUGCUUACUAUAAAUAGCUUCACAAGUGUUGGUGGGAAGGUCAAUUUGCUGAAGAUGAUUAAGAAACAUGUGGUUGUGAAGAUGAAUUGCAGUAUUACUGUGAAUAUCACUAGCCAGAGAAUUCAAGAUCAGAAGUGCAAGAAAAAGGUUAAGCUUUAAUUAGGAUAUAUAUUAUAUAGUGUCAUGAUAUUUUUGCUACUAGAUAUUCCUUUUGAGUUUUGUAUACUCUUUGCUGUUCAUUAAGAGGAGUUUCUGGGGAUGGCUUAGAUGUUAGUCAUGUUACUAUAGUGCAUAAUUCGAACCUAUUCUGGGUGCUCUAUCCUUGUAUAUUAUGUUAUUCCUCUUCCUAGAUUUAUUUAUUCUUUUUGCAAUUCUGUAUGAUCACAAAUACUUUAAAUUUCCUAUGAUGAUGAGUUACAA